AUGUCCGGUGUAGAUCGACAAAUGUUAGAUCAAAUGGUCAAUUUUUACAAUCAAAAAAUGAACGGACAGACUAACGGCAGAUUAACUAUUGCUACUGAUCCAUCUCACAACACACCAUUAUCAACACUUACAAUGAGCACGGGUUUUGAGUCAAUGGAUCGUACACCACCGCAACGUACGAGAAAUAAUUUUGACAGUCAAUUGUCAACAGAGGCAGCAACUCUACCGCACAAUAUUCUUUCUGAUAAUGAUAAUGGGUAUAUAAAUGCACUAUUCGAUGAUCCAUUUCGCUAUCAUUUGAACGAUACAGUAUUAUCCGGUGGUUCAGCUCAUCAACAGUUUUCAAUGGCAUCUGAUUUUCAACACAAUCAAACUCGUACUGAAAGAGUAUAUAAACCCUAUACACUUCGUUUCCCUGAUAAUACAAAUUUUAAUGAAUUAGAAAAUAAUGAAGAACAUUCAAUGCGUUAUCUCGACGUUAAACCCUAUUUGGAACUGGUUACUGGAAAAAAUUUCAAUCUUCCCAAUGUUGACAUGUACGGAUAUAUUAAUUAUCCAUACAAUUAUAUUGAACCACCAUGGCAUUUUGAUAAUAACGAUGAACAAUCUGGCAUGGUGAAUCAUAAUCCUCCACCAGCGGCUAUAAAUGUAAAAGAUUUAGAGUAUAUAGAUACAGACACGUCGUUCACUGAUACAUUACCACCAUCAGUUCCACACACUAUGGUUCAUUCUGAACGACAUGAAUGGGUACCAUUACCGAAACUGCUGUACGAUCAUUUUGUACCAUUAGUUCCAACUAGACGUCUAGUAUUUCGUCGUGAUAUGAAUGUACAAGAUUUUGCAUUUGAUACGGAGAAACCGCGACUAUAA